AUGGCAGCCAUUGGGCUGCUCUGCUUUCUCGUCUUCUCUGCGGGAAUUCAUGUGAUCUCCUCUGUAACAGACCCUGGGGAUUUGGUGGUACUCCGAUCUUUGAAGGAUCAGUGGCAGAACACACCACCAAGCUGGGGAAAGUCAGAUGAUGCUUGUGGAACACCCUGGGAAGGAGUCGCCUGCGAAAACUCAAGGGUCACUGCACUGGGGUUAUCAACAAUGGGACUCGUGGGUAAACUAACCGGUGAUAUCGGAGGUCUCACUGAAUUGAAAUCCUUGAAUUUAGCACACAACAACCUGUUUGGUGCAUUACCAGACUUGACUGGAAUGGACUCGCUCAAUUACUUGGACUUAAGCAACAACUCCUUUACACCAUCAGAAGCUCCAGCUUGGUUCUCAACCUUAUCAUCACUAACCACUUUGGUUAUGGAAUAUAGUUCACUUCAAGGAUCUGUGCCACAGAGACUCUUCAGUUUCCCACAGAUAGGACAAGUGAAACUGAGGAACAAUGCACUGAACGCCACGUUGAACAUGGGUAGCAGCAUCAGCCCGCAGCUGCAACUUGUUGAUUUGGAGAACAACAAUAUAUCCUCAGUGACACUUGGCUCUGGAUACACAAAUACAUUAAUAUUGAUUGGAAACCCAGUAUGCACAAGUCAUCUUGAAAAUACAGAUUACUGUCAGCUUCAGCAACAAACGGCAAAACCUUACUCUACCAGCCUAGCUAAUUGUGGAAGCAAAUCAUGUCCUUCCGACCAGAAACUCAACCCUCAGAGCUGUGACUAUUACUGUCAGCUUCAGCAACAAACGGCAAAACCUUACUCUACCAGCCUAGCUAAUUGUGGAAGCAAAUCAUGUUCUUCCGACCAGAAACUCAACCCUCAGAGCUGUGACUGUGCUUAUCCAUAUGAAGGGACAUUGUACUUCAGAGGACCCUCAUUCAGGGAGUUGUCUAAUGCUAACAUGUUCCAUUCUCUAGAAUUGAGCCUGUGGACAAAAUUGGGCCUCAAUCCUGGUUCAGUUUCCCUACAGAACUCCUUCUUUAAUAGCGAUGACUAUCUUCAAGUUCAGUUGGCACUUUUUCCUUCCACUGGGAAAUAUUUUACUAGGUCAGGGGUUCAGAGGAUUGGAUNAAUUGAGCCUGUGGACAAAAUUGGGCCUCAAUCCUGGUUCAGUUUCCCUACAGAACCCCUUCUUUAA